AUGUUUCCUGUGGGCAGUGCGCGCGUGCGGGUGGGUGGGGGUGGUGAUGGAGAGUGGAUGGAGCUGGAGUUGGAUGAGUCCUCGCGCCUGAUCGCCUCGCGCGCAGCUGCCCGGAGCCCCACGCGCGCCAUGUGGCUCACGGGGGUGACCAUCGCGUCGGUCUACGCCGUCAUCAGCGUCCUGGGACUGAUCGGGAACGUGACCCUCAUCCGGACCUUCUGCUCCGCCAAAUCCACCCGGAACGUGCCCAACCUGUUCAUGUCCAGCCUCGCGCUCGGGGACGUCCUGCUGCUGGUCACGUGCGCUCCCGUGGACGCGAGCCGGUACCUGUCCGACGAGUGGCUGUUCGGGCGCGUGGGGUGUAAAGUCAUCCCGUUCAUCCAGCUCACGUCCGUGGGGGUGUCGGUGUUCACGCUCACUGCUCUGUCCGCAGACAGGUAG